AUGCCUCUUGACGAAGAAGGUGCCAAGUGGUCCUGCGAACCAUGUAUUCGUGGUCAUCGAUCGUCCAAAUGUCAGCACUUUGACCGGCUGAUGAUGAAGGUACCCAAGGCUGGGCGACCCUUGGCCAAGUGCCCUCAUCCCAAAGGUACUUGCAGUUGUCAGAAAACCUUUGCAUUGAUGGUCCGGAUCCCGAAAGGUUCAUCCUGCGUUUGCCGACCGCUCUACAAAGUACCUGCGACCCCAAAUGAGUCAGAUCAAUCAACCCCCGCUUCAGUGCCCCACGUCGCAUCGCCGGCGCCAGGUAAAGUCCAGAAGUCGACAAGAAGACAGAGCCAUAUUCAUGCGGCACCAGAGAAGAUUGCCAAGGCCCUGGAAGCCAUACCAGACAAGCUUAAAUUGGAGGAUGGGGCACCUAAUUACCUGGCUGGUCUUCCUCAACACCAGCCCGAUCUUAACGGAAACCAUUCUCCUAAUCCCAACGGCACCUACUCAGCCGCACCUGCCCAGGAUUCCACCAAUGACACGCCACCAAAGGCAAGUUGCUGUUCACGGAAACCAACGCCUCCACCUGUUCCACCAGUGGCCCCGAGCGCUGGAGGGUCAUGUUGUGGUGCGAAAGCGAGUGCUUCUGUAGCACCCACUCACUCGAAUGGACAGCAAUCGAAGCCAGAGCAAUCUAAUGCCUGGAACGGCAUGUCAUACUCGAACUUCCCCCAACAAUCAUCAUGGGGAAACUCCAUGGCUUCUACGCAAGCAUCUUUUAUGCAGCCUUUCGGACUGCAGACUGUUCAAAGCCCGCAAUUUUACAUGGGAAAUUACGCGCCAAAUGUAUCUUCUGCCUCAUAUCAAGACCUGAUGAAUGGGCUUGGAAUCCCUCAAAGUUCCAUAGCUCAGUUCGGCACCCAUUCACAAAAUAACUAUGCCCCAGCAGCAACAUCUGGCGAUGGUUGUCAUGAUUGCAAAUGUGGAGAGGAUUGCCAGUGUCUAGGCUGUGCGGCUCACCCCUUCAACAACACGACUCGCCAGCAUGUUCAAGAAAUGGGUGUCAUGAUGACCUUUGACGGCGACGAGCAUACGCCUGAAGCUAUUGCGACUCCUUAUCAAAUGCAGUCCUACCCUUCCACUACUGCUCCAACACCCUUGACCCUUUACAUGCAUCAACAGUCCCCUAUGGAUAAUGGCAUGCACCAAAACCAAAAUGUCUACGAUUCAUACUCUGACCCCAACUCGACCAUGCCAAGUGGCUAUUCCUCUCCUCAGACGACGCACCAAAUGAACCAACAGCUAAUGCACCCUUCAGAGUACUAUACUCUGGAGUAUCCUGUCGGAAUACCCUCCGCCUGCUCCGACAUCACAGGCAGUUGCCAAUGCGGCAUGGAUUGCGCUUGUGUGGGGUGUCUCACCCACAGCGGCCACAAUGGCGUGCAUCUGGAUACGUCUAUCCCCGAAACCCCGAUCGGCAAUACCGAACACCAGAUCUCGUCUGGUAUGGUUGUUUCACCUUCCAAUGGCUCUCAUACUUCGCGCAUUCCAGCCAUGGGAAAUGUCUCAGUGCCGUGCAUGAGUCCACAACAUUUCCAGACCUCGAUGAUAUGA